AUGUAUCUCGCUCAUCUGUUUCUCAGUGUGAUACUUGUGACGGGCGUCGUCGCGACGUCGCAUCCGCAUCCCCCUCCUCAGGUCCCAAUCUGCCAUCAAUGCGAGGAGAAGAAACCGAGCCCUCCGAUUCCACGGUGCGGGAACCAACAUGUCCGACCGAAGCUGUCUUCAGGCCAGUGUGCUACAACAUACCGUUGUGCUGGUCACUGCGGUUUGGUGAACAUCCCUCACGCCAGUAUGAACGGUCUCGAAUGCGAUUAUGCCGAAGUGACGGUAGGACCGGAUGGAACUAUACUCGAUCAGUGCUGUGAUCCACCCGAGUGUCCCAGUCGUUGUCCUACAAACCCCGCCGCAGACAAGCCAUGCAUCAACGACCAGAAUGGCUGUCCGUCAAUCGAUGGAUCAAUUCACCAUUUUGGGGGAAAGGAUUACAUCUACCACUGCAAUAAGGGCUUCUGCUCCUCCACCACGUGUGCAACCACCAGCCUCGACAGCCUCAAAGAAUGCGCCGAGAAAUGCUCUCGCGACCCAUCCUGCAAGAUGUUGUCGUACCACAACAAAAUUUGCACGCUGGCCACCAGCGUUGGAAGCGUUGUGGAGACCCCAGGCUCGGUGAUCCUCGAACCUGUGGGCCCCUCAACUCCAAAGAAAGAGAACAACGGGGACUGCACCCAUCUCCACGGUACGACCAAAGUCAUCCAUGGACUCGAGUUCCAGGUCCACUGUGAUACACGUCUUGCAGAUGUCAAUGCAUGCACGGCUAAACCGGCCUCCUCAUUUGAGGACUGCGCUGCCCAAUGUGUCGCCGAUUCUCACUGCACCGGAGCCACUUUCUCCGACGGCCAUUGCUGUUUAUCGGACAAAAAAGUGCAUCCCACGAAACAGCCCGGGUCCAUUGGUCUGGAACCACUUCCAGGGUAUGGGUGUCCAUACGUGGACUGGGCCGUCAAGACAAUUGGCGGCGUACGCUACGAAUUCCACUGCAACGCCUGGCUGGAGUCGGGCGGUAAAUGGACUCAAGUUCAUGCAGCCAACGAGGUGGAGUGUGCAUUGGAGUGCACCAAAAAUAAGCAUUGCACCGGCGUCUCCCUGCGAGGCCAACAGUGUUACCUCGCAACGGCCAAACCUCACCUCCAACCCCGGGGUAAUUGGGUCGCAUUGGUCCCGGUCAAUGAUCCGGUCGUGCCUGCAAAGCCAGACGACAAUGGGAAUGGGAAGAAGCCUGUUGUGGAUCCACCCAAGCAGCCCGACAGUCUGCAUGUGCCGGAAUGCAAAGCGGCGCACGGACAGGUGGUUCAGUACAAGGGACAUAGCUACUCGAUUGACUGCUACCGGUGGGUGGGCGGCGAUGGGUUUACCACUGCCACUAAGCACAGCUUGGCCGACUGCAUCAAGAUGUGUGCUGAUUAUGCCAAUUGCGUGGCGAUGCAUUACCUACCUAGCCAGCAGUUCUGUGCCAUUCAUGACAAUCUUCCGCGGGUGGGAACCCAAGGUGACUUUGGCGUGGCCUAUGUGCGGAGAGUGAGCUAA